AUGCCCUCCAAACGGACUGUCCAGCCAGAAAAAUCCGGCAUCCUCUCUGGUGUAUUCAGUCUUCUCAGCAGGGAGUUUGAUUCUUUUGUGGCCAGUGCCACCGGCUCCUCAUCAUAUGGUCCAUCCAGCUCUCGACAGUUGUUGGAAGAUGAAAGCGAAGAAUUUGAUGACGAUUCGCAGGAUGAGGGUGAGGAUAUUCUGCAUGAAGGAUGGGACGAGCCUUCGCCGCCUCGCAAACGCCCUCGGAACUCGCGACAUGAACGCCGCGCAUCGACUCCCCCCAAGGCUCGUCAACACGCGCCAUCCCGUAAACGUCCUGCACAACCACCCCCAGAAGAUGCAGUACAGUCGGACGAAGACGUUGACAAUUCCGAGGAAUCCCAUCGCUCUCGGUCUCCUCCUCCCCCUCCCCCACGAACUCUCAAGCGUCGCCCUUCGAUGACCAUGCCAGGGUCUCUUUUCAUUCGCUCGCCCUCUCUAGAACCACAAGCACAAACUCGCAAACGCGACCGACGCCAGCGCGUCCGGUUCUCUUCUAAGAAUCCAGGAUCACCAUCCAACAGACAAACAUCUCCCUCGCCCCAACGAGAAGACCCGCCCGUAGAUAGCCCUCGCAGACGCAACCUGCUAUCUCCCUCCGUCAGGUCUGCUGUGGAUCGAUUCCACGACGACGAUGCCGAUCCGUCGCUUCUCCUACCGAGCCCGACAAAAUCACCACACGCGUCGGGGAAAAUCCAGUACACCGACACCGCGCGCCCGCCUUCGAAUUCUGAGGGCUCGCCUACGCUUAGCAGGAAGGAUAAAGGUAAAGCGCGCGCCUUGGAUCCAAGUUCCAACGAAGAGUCGGAGACAUCCGGCUACCUGCGCAUGGAAGGAAAGGAGAGGGAGCUUAUUGCUGCCCGAGAGGAGUUGGAUAGGAAUCAGCGUCGUGAAGAAGCUAAUAAUGAAGGCGGUUCUGCUCGGGCGGAAUCAGAUCGUGAUGCGGACAAGGCGAGAAUAAGAGAGCUCGAGAUGGAAAUUGAGAGGCUGAAGGCAGAGCUAAUGAGGAGACCGAGUUCAGGCUUAGGCGGGGUACCACCACCGCCACCGCCGCCGCCUCCUCCCCCUCUCAACUUUCCCAAGAAAAACCUUAUUUCAAUAUCAUCCGACGCAGACCCACAUAACCUUUUCGCUUCAGCGCGCGCAUCUCUCAAACACGCACCUACCCCAGUCGAAAACCCCAUCGUGCCCCUUCGCAAGGUAGGCGUAUCGUCAAUGGGCAUUGCCCCGGAAAAGAUGGCUGCGUUCCUCAACGAGAUGAAGACGGUGCGUUUGAGAAAAACGUCGGAACGGGCGGCGUUGGCGGGCACGAGCGGUUCUGGGGCUAAUGCGAGCUUUUCGGGUACCUCUUCGACGGCUGCGAAUAGCAGCUUCGCUCUCCCGCCCAGAAGACAGUCGAUGUCUUCGUUGCAACGGCCGCAACUUGAUAAUUCCAUUUCAAGUAGUAGACCCCGCCCAGUAGCACCGUCGACAUCAACGUCAUCUAGUACUGUGAUUGGCGAGAAACGCAAACGAGUUGACGAUACUAGUGGUCCUUCGAAACGACACACUGGUGUUUCGUCAGCCGAGUCCAGCUUUGCAUCAGCUUCGACGUCGUCUCGUUCUUUACCACCAGGCUCCUCGAUACCCACCACCUCCCUCUCCCGCCCCAUCCAUCCAGGAAAACAGGCCAAUAUACCCAACAGCAAUACCACAACCUCCACAUCUCGUACACUUCCCAACAACAACAACAAAUUCAUGCAACCUAGAGGCGGCAACCCGACACCAUCCAUCACCUCCGCGCCGACACCGUCGCUCUGUUCGGACAACGAAGCCGAAAGGGAAGAUACGAGCCCGUACGACCGGCCUCCGUCUACGCCGCCGAUUGACGAUGGAGUGUCGGUGGGAGGAGCUGGGGCUGGGGGGCCGUCGCGGGCGUUCUUUAGGUUCCGCGGGAAUGGGAUACCUGUUGAUGCGGGUGAGGUUAGUAGAUCGCGUGGUAGGAUUAAGGACGCGCGUAUGGAUGUUUCGGUUUCGAAUUUCCGGGGACAUGAGGGCGACGAUGAAGAUGAGGAGGGUGGUGAAGAAGAGGAUGAGGAAGUAGAUGAGGAAGAGGAAGAGGAUGUGGAGAUGGGCGAGGAUAUUUUGCCUGCUUCUUUGCAACGCCCCACAGCACCGUCGCGGCCUCUGGCUUCAGCACCGAUUCGAACGCCGACUCCGCAAGAAUUGCGAGGUGAACCUGUACAGCGAGGUGCUGGUGCACAAAAGCAGCAGCAGCAACAACAACAACAGCAGCAGCAGCAGCAAGCGAAACCGAAAUCCAAGCCAAAUGUAUUUGCCAAACGUCCACCGUCAACGCCAUUUCCAAAUAAAUCCCCUCGAAGACCACGUCCGCCCAACUCUAAUUCAUCUCGUCCGCAACGACAUGUUGUGCCCAUGGCUUCUACGCGGAAGGAUGAUGAAGACAAUAGGGAGAUCUCUGGUGGGGGUAAUCGGAAUCAGAGGGGGAGAGAGGAGGCGGAGGAGGAGGACCCGCUUUCGUUGUUGUUCUCGUCGCCUGGGAGCAUGCGCCCUCCUCCUGUGCCGCCGGCGCGCGGAGCUCAGGUGUCGUCGUCGGACCGUGAGUCUGUGGAUGUGGCGAGGAAGGCUGCUGGAAAGGCUGCUGCUAAGGAGGCGAAUGCGCGGACUGAAUCACGUCAGCGCGCGAAGCCUCUUCAAUCUAAACCUGAACCUGAAGCAGAGUAUGAGCACGGGUACGAAGAGGAACGACGGGAGAACAUGUUCGAGCGCGAGUUUGGGCGCGAAAGCGAAAGUGACCGCGAGCGCGAAAUGGAGGAUGAACAUGAACAUGAUUAUGAGCCGCCGUCGUCGCCAUCUGUGCGGCGAAAGCGCACGCGCUCGCAAUCUCGUUCGUCGGUUAACACGUCUGCGUCGCUGUCUAGAAUGGCGCAGGCGCGGAUGCAGCCGCCUACGCCGCCGCCUCAACCUCAACCACGCACCCAGCGUCACGAGCAUGCGCAACAGCAAUCGGAGCUCCAGCGCUCGACGUCCCAAUCCCAAUCCCAAUCCCAAUCGCACUCGAGACGCCCGUCGUCCCGCACGAGCAGACGUCUAACGCUCGAUGAAGAGCUGCGUAAUGCCGUUUCUGCCUUUUCGCGCGAUAUGAACGAGGAAGCGAUGGAGGUCGCUGCGGCUGCCGAGCGUGAUCGUGUUGAUGCAGAUGCAGGCAGUAGUGGCGGUCAUGGGCAUGGGCAUGACGAGCGGGAUGAGGCGUUUGAGAGCGGGGCGUAUACGGGAGUUGGUAUGCGCAGCAAGAAGAGGGGGUUUUUGGCGCAUGGAGGGGCGGGUGGGACGCCGGUGUUUAUGGGUGUUGGGUAUGUCGAGGGUGCUGAGGAGGAUGAGGAGGAUGAGGAGGAGAGGGAGAGAGAAAGAGAAGAACGAGAGAGGGAAAGGAAGGUACAGGAGAGGGAGAAGCGUGAACGGGAGAGGGAGAGGGAAAGAGAGAGAGAAAGGGAACGGCAAGAGAGGGAACGGCAAGAGCAGGAAAGAGCAAGGCAGGAGCAAGAGCAGCAAAGAGAACGAGAAAGACAAGAGAGGGAGAGACAUGAACAGGAAAAGGCCAGGCGCGAUGUUCGUCGCGAGUCCCAUUCGCGUGCGCGCACCCGUCCUCAGGAUCGCAAACGUGCAUCGAGCCGCGCAGAUCCAUUUGACUUUGGAGGCGUCGAAGACGAGCCUGAACACGAACCUCAACCUCAACCUGAGCAUGUCUAUGAACCUGAACCCGAACCUGAACCUGAAAAUCCAGAUGAAGAUCCUGGUCCAGGGAACGGGGACGACGACGAGUACAUCCCCUCCCCCGUUCGCGCGCCAGCCAAGGUGAAGCCUAAAACGACAAAGGCUAAUUUCAAGUCGAGAAUCCCGCGAAGGCGGUAG